AUGCGCUACACCCCUCACCUCCACCUAGCCCUCCAAGCCUGUUUCAACAUUCCCACCGCUAGCCCCCGGCCACUUUCCCCUACCCCAACGACGCCCAACCACAUCUCGUCGCAAAUCACACCCCAAACCACAGCGUCCAUACCACUCCACUCCAUCCAGGUCGCCAUUCCCAUAAUGACAAAAAUAACCUCCACUUUCAUUCGCCCCGCCUUCGCAGACGACCUCUCCCACUUCGGUGGAUGGAUCCUCGUUCCCACGACAAUGACAAGCGAGAAGCCCAAGACGACGAGUUACAUGGGUUUCGUGAGACCUGAGAAGUGGGAUGAUCCAUGGCGGCUUGGGGGGUGGAUGUUGACGACGAUUACGCCAAGGGUAGAGGUGAUUAGCUUUACUGCGACGGCGAGAGUGAAUGAGGGACUAAGCUACGGGAAUCAUGGGAGAGAUUUUGAGGAGAGUGGGGUAGAAACUGGUGAAGAGCAUGGAAAUGUUGCUCUGGGAGAGAAGAAGAAGAAGAAGAAGAAGAAGAAGAAGAAGAAGAAGAAGAGGGUGUUGGAAGAUUGCGGGGAGUGGAGUAUUGGGUUUUGA